AUUCCCGGCCAUGUCUAUCAAGCUCACUUACGACAGCUAUGCACUGAGUCAGCUAUUAUCGGUUCUCUCGCCUCUGGAUCACCCCCACCUGCUCAAGGAGGACGGCCCUGCCCCGUGCGACGUUCUUGCUGCCGCUGGCGUGACUGUUCAUCCGGCUCACUGCCUCGAGCCCCUUUCGCCUUGCAGAGUCAUGUGCUUGAUUCGCAUUGUCUUCCUGGUGAACUUGAGAAUCGUAGGCGACGGAGAUGCCUUAAUAUAAACUCCCCAUCUAUCCCACCUACUCCUGCCGCCGCAAGUAGAUCUCCACCAACCAGCGUUGGUGAUCAACCAAGCUGGGCUAUCCUUCGGCAAGUUGAGUUGCGUCGGCUACACGCAGACUUAGCUCCCCUUCUGCCAAGUUCUCAGAUCCCACCCGGUUUUGUGCAAUAUGCCGCUGCUGCUUCCUCAUCCCCUUGUCUUGCUUUGGCCAGCCAAUCUCGGCAGUCUGGUUAUCUUCUACCCGGUCAGCGACUUUCUCCGUUGGGACAUGGUUUGCCCCAUGCGGCGACAACUCCAGCGUAUACAAUGCCGAUGCUGCCUCCACCCCAGACUCCCAGAGAGGGCCCUGUAACUAAACACCUGCGUGUAUCGGCCGCUUUAGUUCUACGAAAUCUGGUCAUGCAUCUUGAAGAGGCUCGCAGGUCAGUUAUGCUGCAUUUGAGACUUGGGAUUACACUUUUUGGCUUCACUUGUUGA